CCCAGUCCUGACUCCUUGAUCUGGGACUUCCAGCCUCCAGAGUCUCGAGGACGUCCACUUACGUUGUUUACGCGCCCAGUGCGUGGGGUUUGAUGAUGGAAACUGACACCGAGGGCGUCGCCACAUGCGGGGUGACAUCAGCGGAAGAAUCCGGUGGCGAGGGCCUGCCUGAGGACCACGGGAGAGUCCGGGCCCUCCCCGCCCCCUGCCUGCAGCCCCUCGCCCGCACCCUCCUGGGAGCGGAGCUGGUGCAUCGCUUGCCAGAAAUCAUGGAAGUCCUUUUGGAACCAGAAACGGCGUGAACCGUGAUGAGCUCUAAGGCCAAGGGCAGGAAGAAAUGCGACCAGCCUCUCCAGGAGCCACCCAGGGGCCUCCCCGGGCUCAACAGUACAAACUCGGCUGCCGUGCAGACAGCAGCUCAUCCCCACGGCGCCCGAACACCCAGCCCCUGGACGGCGAGAGGCCUGUUGCUGCAGGUGGCCCGUGGCUGGCUGGUGAGGCCCGGCCCCAGGCGUACGUCACCUUCUCUGGGGCCACCUCUCCGGGUCUGCGGUGGGGUUCUCCUGGGAGCCCCCAGUCACCACAGGACCAACGUGGCCUGUCUGCAGCCCAAGAAGGUGGGGACACAGGACUGUCCCCCGUGCCCCCCGCAUCACCCGCGAGGCCGAGCAAGCACCAGUGGUGUCUGCGGGGAAGAUGAAGGGCUCGUGCACAGCCCCCAUCUACUGAAGAUGCUAAACGGGAGAAGCAUAGGCUGCAGCGGUAUGGACCAAACGCAAGUGUCCUUGCAGGAACCGAUGUCUGAAUGUCAAGGCUGUACCCAGGCCACAGUGAGAAGGCCCAGACCCCACGCAAGGCACAGAGAGGGGAUGGGGGGAACUUCUGCGAAUCUGAGCUCAUCGGGCAUCACCCCAGAGGGAGAGGGAGAGAGGCAGAAGGAGAUACGGAGGGAGAGGGAGAGAGAGGGAGGGAGAGACUUCUCUCCCUUCCCUGGGGGUUCUCUAGUGCAGCCAAGGCUGAAAACCACUGCAUUUCGGGAGAUGGGUCCUCGUGGAAAAGUUAAAUAGUAGCUCACGACAUUAUCGAGACAUAUUAAAAAGGCCCAAAUCUGGGGGAGUCAGGGAGGGGAGCUGGCGGCUGCCUCGUAAACGAGGAGAGAUAGGGCGUCAGAGGAGGUGCCUGUGCAGCCCGCCGCUGCCGCCCAGGGCCCGCAGACUUCAUCUCCUGGCUGUGGUCCCGGGCUGGAAGGCAGCGGGGAGGUCAGGCCGUCCAAGCAUCAGCGUUGACUUCAGGGCUGAUCUAAAAGGCGCCUGGUGUUUGUUGAAGCAGAAAAAAGAGAAAGCAGUGGGCAGAGGAUGGGAGGGGGAGGGAGCCCCCAUCAGCCCUUCUCCCUGUCUCCCUCUCUGUGUCCCUCUCUCCCUCCCUCCCUCCCUCUACCUCCCUGCCUCUCACUCUCCCUCCAUCUCUUCUUCUGCCUCUCUCCCUCCCUCUCUCCCUGUCCCUCUUGCCCUGUCCUGUCCCUCUCUCCCUCCCUCCAUCCCUGUCUCUCUUCCCCCGUCCCUCUCUCCCUCUCCCUCUAUCCGUCCCUCCUCCCUCUCCCCGUUUCCUCUCCCUCUCUGCCUCCCUCUUUCCCAGUCCCUGUUUCCC